UCAUGUACAUGGCAGGUGCAGUCUCUCUCUGACUCAUGUGGUUAAACAAGAACUUCAAAACUUUCAUAAGACUUGGGGAUUUGUGGUUUUUAAUAAACACAAAGCAGGAAUAUAGCCAUGUGGUUUCAGAAUCUUUCCCUCACUCUCUUAUCAUUUUAAUGGAGCCCCUUUCUCUCAUCAAUCAUCAUCCAAUUGUUUUUUGUUUGUAUUACUCAGCUGUAUCUCAUUGCUUUCAUUACUCAUUUAAGUACUUCCUUACUCUCAGUCACAAUCUUUGAAAAUAUUUCCUUCUCUCUGUUUUGUACAUCUUCAAAACAACAACAGUAAGCUCAAGAUGCUACAGAUUAUUGGUAAGACCCGGUCAAGAUCAGCAUGCCGCUACCAGAAGCUAAGUCAUCAUUACGAGAAGGCUACCACAAGAGCUAUACGACAUCACGAGGGGAAGAAAAUAGAGGGUAGGUCAAAAGGGUUUAGACUAAACCGACCAAGGAAGCUGGUUCUUAAGGCACUUGUUUUGCCAAGAAGGUUCUUGAGCAUUUACUCACGUAUAACAGAUAAAAUGAACAGAGAAGGUUUCUAUUUCAAUCUUAUUAUCUCUUCUCACUGGGGCUUCCCUAUAUUGUUAGAGAAUAAGCUGAGGUUUUGACGUUUGUGACUUUUGUAUAGACCCAAAAAGAGAUCAAAAAGAGAGGAAUGAUGAAACUGUACCCAAAGGCUACUUAUAAUGUUAAACCAAAUGCUUAUGAUGGUUCGGUCUGUCUUAUUUUUUCCAUGGUUCAGACUUGACAUCAAGUAACUAGCGAGUCCUCUCUACUUUCUUGAGUUGCUUAGCAACAUUUUUGAGAAAAUAUCAAAAGUAUAUGGUUGUGUUGGUUGCUCAAUAAUGAAUCACUCAUACUUGGUCCACAAGCUUUACUUCUUGUCCCGCAAGUUAUCUUUGAUACACUAAUACACAAAUCUUAUAUUAGUAAGCCAGACAGAAAGUGUCUAAAAUUUAAUGUUAAGUGUGUAUUCAACUGAUCAUGGGACUGAACUUAUGUAUAUCUUCAUUUAUACAGAAGUUCAUGUUACGAGCAGCUUCUCAACAGUUCACACUUCAUCGACCAUAAUCUCACUAAGACAUGCCACAGGUCAUGUUGAUUGCAAUGUUUAGUACAUUAUAUGGCAUUUUGUAUGGGAUUAGUCGUUGACAAUACAAGAGAUAGAGUAGUAAGCCCACUUUAAACAUAUUAUUUAGUAUAAUUGCUGGAGAUUAAGCGUGACAGAUAAAGCAUCAAUUAAAGAAGAGAUAAAAGGCAAGAAGAGAGAUAGCAUGAUAAAGGAGAUAACCACUUUACAGAACAUAAAGACUUUACAAAACAGAAUGUGAUGAUUUGUGACAACCACCUUGUGUUUUUAUAUGUGUUAUAAUCAGAAGCAACACAUUUAAAGAUUGAAGCUUGUCUGUAAAGUAAAAAAGUUUUUUUGGGUCACUUUUAAGGGAAUCAAGAAGUAUCAUUAUAAAGCUGUAAAAGGGUAUAGCAUUUUCAAGAAGAAACCAUUUUCAAGAAGAAACCAUAUCUGAGAAGGACAAGGCUAUAUGAGGAGUUUGGUGUAUAGGAAGAUGUGGUGGAUUGUUCAUGGAAGGAAGAACAAGAGGAACUUACACCGCGAUUUUGAGAAUAAGAGUAUAUGUGACUUGGGGAAAGACUUGGAGGAUAUACUAAAGGGGAGACUAGAGACUAUAGAGGAGGAACCUGAAGCGGAAGAGCGAGAGUGGUUAGGAGAAUCUCAUAAGCCAAUGUUGGUUAAGGCUAAGAUGAAAGUGGAGAAGGGAAAAGCAAUAGUAAAGGCAAAAGUGAAGAGUGGUAAAGUGUUUUACAUGUUGUGUGUUAUUGGUUUAGCCUCUAAACGUGGUUUUAAUGAUCUUGUUCUUCACUAAAUCCUAAUUUUUUUUUUCAUCUUCUUGACGAACGUGUAUAUAUAUGUGUGUAUUUUAUCUCUGUUACACUUGUGUAAUAUGUAGUUUUGUGUUCAUUCUUGUGACAUUUACUAAAUGAAAAAAGUUGAAGUGAUGAA